GGGCGCCGGCACCCCCAGCGCGGGGUCCGGCCGGCAGUGCGCCCCGGGACUGAGCGGCGGCGUUCGAGGCUCCUCCGACCCGCCCGCAGCCCGCGCCCGACUCGGGCGCCCCCUCCGUGCCACUCCGGGAGCGAUGCCCCCCGCCCCCCGCGCCCCCCGGGAGCGACGCGAGCAUGGAGAAGUCGAGUAGCGAGGAUUCUUCGAUCCACCGGAGUCCAUCUUUGGACAGCAAGGACUCGGACUUCGCCAAGCCGUCCACCUCGGGCCGCCCGUUCGGCCGCGGCUUCACGGCCGGCGCCUUCUACGGCACCGCGGGCUCCCGCGGCCAGAGCCGCGCCGAGGCUGGCGUGAAGACCGACAAGUACAAUGCGCCCAAAGGCAGCAAGUACGUGGUGUUUUACCUGGACCUGUCCUUUGUUCUCCUCCUAGAAUUUAAGAAGUGCAACAUGGCCAGAGGCUGCCUCUGCUGCUUGAAGUACACGAUGUUCCUCUUCAAUCUGAUAUUCUGGCUGUGGCUGGAGCCAGCCCCGGCCUCCACCAGAGCCCCGGCCUCCACCAGAGCCCUGGCCUCCUCCACAGCCCCAGCCUCCACCACAGCCCCAGCCUCCACCAGAGCCCCGGCCUCCUCCACAGCCUCGGCCUCCACCAGAGCCCCGGCCUCCACCACAGCCCCAGAGGCCCGGCCUCCAUCACAGCCCUGGCCCCACAGCCCUGGCCUCUACUACAGCGCCGGCCUCCACCACAGCCCUGGCCUUUCCCCUGGCGGGCGGUUGAGGCCCCCCUCCCCAGGCAUGUCUCCUGCCUGCUGCUCUGUCCCAGAGGACUGA